AUGAGAAGCCUCUGGGAUGAACUAAAUUCCUCGCCUGUCUGCUCUUGUGGUGCCUUGCCCAAAUUCAUAGAAGAUCAACAAUUAUUUCAAUUUCUAAAUGGUUUAAAUGAGUCCUAUUCAACUGUAAAAAGUGCUAUUAUGAUGAUGAACCCUCUUCGACUAAUGAGCAAGGCUUAUUCCCUUCUUCAACGCGAUGAAAGUCAAAGGGAAGCUCAUUCUUCUGUCCCAAGUCUGUCUGGAGAUACAUCCUCCUUCCUAAUUUCUACUGGAUCAUCAAAUGGGAACAGAACCUUCAGUCAAAAGGUGAAUUUUGAAUCUAGGAAGUCUAACACAAACGUUUCUUGCAAAUAUUGCAAGAAACAUGGACACACUGUGGACAAAUAUUACAGGCUCCAUGGAUUUCCUCCAGACUUCAAGUUCACAAAGAACAAGAAGUCUGCUUCAUGUGUCCAAACUGAACAUGUUUUCACUCCUUCUACACCUUUGCAUGCUGCUCCAACUACACAGUUUCACGAGUCAUCAGCUCAUGGUUUUACUAAAGAGCACUACCAACAUCUCCUAGCUCUAUUUCAACAGGCUCGACUAUCUUCUGGGUCAACUCAUGAUGAGUCUACUGUGGACAACACUGCAUUUGCCCACUUGCAGGGCCCUUCUCUGAAGAGGCCACUGGAAAUUGGUAAGGCUGCAGGAAGGCUGUACUACCUAUAUCCAGAUGCUGAUCUUUUUCCUGUUACAUCCACUUCCAUGUCUGCUUCUCAUUCAUUUGUUAGUUUACAUGUUUUUGUUCCUUCUAUUAACACUAGUCCUGUAGUAGAUCAUGUUGUUGAUGUUGUUUCUUGUCAGACAAUGCUCUUGAACUGGGGCAGUUCUGAAGGAACUCAUUUCUUUAAUAGUGAAGGGAUUUUAUACCAAACUACCAUUCCACACACUCCUCAACAGAAUGGAGUUGUAGAAAGAAAAUACAAACAUCUUCUUGAGGUCUAUAAGCUUCUUUACAUUUCCAAUCACUCCAUUUUCUUUUCUAGGGAUGUUGUUUUCCAUGAAUAUGUGUUUCCCUACAAAUCUGAUUCCUCCCCUGUUCUGUUUCCUCUACCUACUCCUGAUUCUGUAGAUGUCCUGCCUACUCCUGUUUCUCAUACUCAUGGGAGUGACCCUUCUCCUUCUACCAACUCCAGUCUACCUCAUAGCUCUCCUACCCCUUCUUUCUCUUCCUUUCACCAUUCUCCAGUAUCUCUACCUGCUCCUUCCUCUUCUCCAUCUUCCUCAUCAUCUGCUCUUUCACCUACUCCUCCUUUUAUUCCUCUAAGGAGAUCUUCUAGACUAGUCAUACAGCUUGUUCACCUUAAAGACUAUGUCUUUUCAUCUGUACUCUCACUUGCAUUUCCACCAUCUACCAAGGUAUCUUGUGUUGAUUUGCACAUGCACGAGUCUCAGCUUUACCAGCAGGCUGUUUCCAAUCCUGCUUGGCAAGAGGCUAUGCUAAAGGAAUUUCAAGCUCUUGAGACAAAUUAG